GCGUGAUACGAAACAGUGUUUUUGUUGCAGAAAAAAUGUUUCGGCUGCCGGCCGUCUCGUCCCUUGUGUCCUCCUCGUCUAAUCGGCUGGCCGUUACAACAAUUCGUCAACUCUCGGUUUCCAGUCCACAUUCGACGAAAAAUAUUAAAAAUUUCAAUAUCUGGAAUAAAAGAGGAUCGAGAGAGUUUAAAAAAGCUCAGUUUAGAAUAGGAAACCCUACAUAUGAUGUUCCCAUUCAUAGGUAUGGCGCACGUCCAACCGGUAUUGAUCACUUCUCAGGCGGUGAAACGGUUCCAGAGAUGAUUCCUGAAUUAAUAGUUCCUGAUUUAGAAGAUUGUAAACUUAAACCCUACGUAUCCUACGCUACUAAGGAUAUUUAUCAAGAAGAACUCACCAGCAAGGAUUUGUUCAAUGUAAUCUACGGUCAGAAAAUUAUUCAAGAUUUUAAAACAGGAAAACUAGACUCGGAGGGUAGACCGUUAGAACCUAGUCCUGUUGAGAAACUAACCUCAGAGCAGGCUUAUAUUAGGGCCCGACAAACUGGUUCUGAUAUAUUUCAAGGCGGCGAAGUUCCGAACAAAACUUACAAAUUAGAUAUUCCAGUUGGCAAAAUUUAAACAAUGUACUGUACGGUACCCCAGGAGGACUUCAGUACUUAAAAGUUGUACUCUUGAAUUUUACUUUUAAAUUCAUCAAGUUUUCUCCAAAGCCGCGGAGUUCAACCCCCCCCCCCCCCCUCCGGUACAGAAUGCAUGUCUAUUUGUAGAUAUUUUGAUCUCCACUGGUUCUGUUCUUAGAAAAUGUAAUAAACUGAUAUUUAAGAACACACUUACCCAGCAAAUAUGUUCAAAUAUCCUAAUAUCUCCGGUUUAAUAUUAAAUACAGAGAAAUAUUUGAUUUCAGA